GACCCCUUAGCAAGAAAAUUUUCUUCAGUGGAUAAAACAAAACAUUCAAAUGGGAUAUGUAGAUUAGUGAUAUAGAUAAGCUUGCAUUAAUUAGCAAAAUUAAUUUACUAGUCUCGCUAUUGAAUGGAUGCAACAGUUUUUAAAAAUUGUGAGGAUGAAUUUCAUCAAAUUAUUGGUGUGGUUAAUUUCGAACAAUUUGGUCAAGGUUUUUAAUAAAAGAUGAAACAGAGUGGUCAUAUUUGUUGGGCUGAUCUCAAAUAGAUAUGGCUGCAAAGGCAAUGACAGCGACAACGAUGUGGCUUGAAUUCCAACGCCACUUCCGAUCCUGAUCUCGUUAUUUGUGUAAGUGAACCCAUUUCGCAAAUCCGAAUACACAAUGCGACCAAACAUUUCUUAAAAAGUCAACAGCGUCCCUAUUGUGAAAGCCAAAGUGAUAGUAUUCCUAUUAUCAACACGUCUUCGGUUCUCUCAGCUAAUAUUUCAACGGAGAACAAUAUGAUUCCUACAAUAAACGUAACGCCUCAUAGUCCGGCUUCAAUAACAAAAUAUAACAAUAUUUUCGAGGAUACGUUGAGCCAAUUGCAAAAUAUACGGGAAACUGUAGUACAAAUGAAAAAUUGUGCUCACAUGAAUGAUAGUUUCAAUAGUUUUGGACCCGUUAAUGCUGCAGUCCUAAGCGCCUCUCUACCUAAUCUUAAUGCCGCAAAUAUUACGGUCAAUGUAACAAAUACUAUCGGUAAUUGUGUAAGGUGGAUGCCACAACAGCAACAAUACAUUCCUUUGAAUGGGCGUCGUAGGUCUUGGACAAUUAUUGAUGACCUGAAUAUAACAAACAAGAGCAUCAGUCUAUCCAGCUUAGAUAGUGAAGAGCCGGAGACAAUAUGUGCUACAGAUCAGCGCCGACGAUCUGCUAGAAAAAGCACUGGAGGAAUUUCAACACAUUCUCUAAACGAGGCGGAAUUGGCUCGCGACUUUCAGCGCAUUGCCGCCAAGCGUAAUCUUGCAACAGAAAUCCGUAUUCCUCUACAAAAGAGCAUAUCUACUUCCUCAAUUGUUGCUAAAGAGGAGAUUAAAGGGCGACAUCUCUACGACAGUGAGGAUGAGAACCAGACCCUUUUACGUGCACAUGUAAAAAUUGAGGCUUACGACAACGUAGAAAAGCGACGUAAGCGCGGCUCACUCUUCUUUCGCAAGAAAAAGGAUAAAAGCAAGAUGAAGUCAGGAGGGAAAACUGGAACAUGUGAUGCUUGCGGUAGCAAUAUAUCAAUGUCAAAUAUUAAAGAACAUCAAAUGGAAUGUAAAGCCAAGAAAUCAGGUGCUGGCAGUAGUCAAAAAAUGCCCUCAGCUGGCAUAAAGAAAGGUUCUGAAAAGACAGAAGGUGGUCAAGAUUUCUACGAUGGAAUUGAUCAAGGAGGAAAUAUAAACGAUGAUGCUCCAUUAAUCCGUUCGGAAUUUCUUAACGACCCUCCCAUCGAAGCACAAGACCUCGGCGCCGACUCUGUACUGGGAAUUGCAGCUGAAGAGCAUGACUCAUGGUCGCCCAGCGUACCAAAGGAUGUUUUAAAGUCACUCAAAGAAAAACAGAUCAAAAGACAGGAACAUAUCUAUGAAUUUAUUAUGACUGAAAAACACCAUUGUCAGACCCUACUUGUUAUGCAAAAGGUUUUCGUCGAGAGCUUAGAACGUCAUUUUCCCUCUAUGAAUAUUAAUAAUAUGUUUCCUCGUUUAUCCGAACUAACAGAGUUACAUAUAAGCUUUUUGAAGAAACUGCGCCAAAAACAAAGGGAGCAGUACGUCGUUGAAAGUAUCGCUGAUAUAUUGUUAGAUUUGUUUUCAUUGGAAAAAGCGCAGCACUUACGAUUAGCGUACGGCGAAUUUUGUGCUAAUCACCGAACAGCAUUGGAGCACUUCAAAGCAUGCUUGACGAGCCGCGAUCAAACAUUUGCUCAAUGGUACAAACAUUGUUUAGCCAACCCACUGUUAAAGAAGAAGGGUAUUCCAGAGUGUAUACUCUUUGUUACACAGCGUCUUACCAAGUACCCUUUGCUGAUUGAGCCGCUUCUGAAAAGCGCCCGGGAUGAUAAGUUGGAAGCGGAUAAGCUACAACAUGCUCUGAAUCUAGUAAAGGCCUUGCUUAUAGAUGUUGACGCAUGCGUUGCAGAGAAAGAGUUACGAGAAAGACAACUUGACAUUUUUAAUCGCGUCGACCAAAAAUCUUUCGCUAUCUAUAAAAAUAAACCUUUUCGCAAAGCUGAUAUUGGUAUUGAAUCACGCCGCAGACUGAAAUUUGAGGGCCUUGCCACUUUAAUGCAGGGUCGUUCUAAGAUGCAAAUAGUAUUAGUUGUCGUACUUACGGACUGUCUUUGCUUUCUUGGUGAGAAUUCAGCUCACAAUAAAUACACAUUUUUCACACCAGAACACAAGGCGGGCGUAGUGCCAUUACAAAAGUUGUUGAUACGUGAAAAAGCUGGAACGGAAGCACGCGGUAUUUAUAUAAUUUCAUCGAAUCCAUCAUUUCCAGAAAUGUACGAGUUGAAAGUGCAGCAACCGAAGGAUAAAAAUAUCUGGAUCCAGUCGAUACGGCAAGCUGUUCUGGAAUGUCCAUCUUCAGAAGUCAUCGAAAGUGAAGAUCUCACAGCUGAGGAAAAGCUUCGUAUAGGUGUCAGCAAACGUGAUCUUAUUGAUAAGAUCAGACAGAAAGAUAUUGACCAUGCUAUUUUACUGGAAGAUAAGGUUUUCCUUCAAUUGAACUUGCUUAAGGAACAGAAUAACUUUUCGGAAGUGACUGCAGCAUCUGGCCCAAAUAACAGCAGUGGCGCAAGUGGUACCUUAGUAAAUGGAAGCUCUAUGAAUGCAUCGAAUUUUCUGGCUACAUUCGGUUCGUAUAAGGAUUUGGUUGGUGUGGAUUGCAACACCACCGAAUUGUGGAAGUACGUGUUGAACACGGCGCAGAGCAUUAGUCAAUUGGCUGCCAUGGUGUACACCGCAUCAACUGGAUUGCCAGUGUCGCGUUCUGUAAGUUCGGUGGGUGAAAAACAAAGUGGUAACUAUGCGUCCCCUACGUUGCCCAAACGUGCUGAAACAUUUGCUGGUUUUGACGAAAAACGAGGAAAAAAUUGUUUUCCUUGCCGUGAUAUUUCAAAAAUGUCUACAUUGCAAUCCUUGACGCCACGACUUCAGGAACUUGAAGAGAAACAUGAUUCCAAAACAGGUUCGUCAUUAAUAACUUUGAAGCUGCAUUCAUCAUCUAGUAAGACGUAUCCUACGAGCGAAUAUGCUACGACGCUUGGAAGUGAAGAUAUUACUAUCAAGGAUCACAAUUAUGCAGCAUUACAAAUAUCGCAUCACUUACAUACUCUGCUUUGUAUUGUGUCACAACAGAUGACCACCGUACACAGCUUACAGUUGCAGUUGGCAUUGUAUCGUGAGAGUCCUCGCGUCGCUUACACGCAUAAUGAUCAGUUGGAAGAGCUUCGAAAUUUGCAAGACAAAUUACAAGAAGAAAAGACUGCUUGGAUACGCCAGAGGGAGCAACAAGAGCUGGAAUUAGAUGAGAAACGGGCGCAGCAAAUUAAGCUCCAAGAGCAAAUAAAAGCCGAACAAGAUGAUAUCAAACAACAACGUGAACAACUUUAUCGCAAAAUGGAACUACUUUCCAAUCAGGGAUUGUUACUAUCGCCAAAUACGCCGUUGUUGAUUAAUAGUCCUUCAAUACCCGUAGCCGUUCCUUCCAGCGAUGAUACACAUGACAGUCACGAGGCUGGACACUUUAAAAGUGACACGUCAACACCCAUUACAUUAGCACAGAACACUGUUGAUCGACGGAAGGACAAAUGGCGUACAUCUUCGACGACCUCUAAAACUCCUCCCGUUAACCUACUUAGUGCUACUAAUGCGCCAAAAAUAAACCAGACUUGCAUUAAGCAGAAAAUUCCAAUGAAACUGUCCUCCCUCUCCUCGACCACAUCCCAAAGUUUCACAUCGGGUAGCGGCAAAAUCGAUAAAUCAGCCAGCUUCAAUGCAAGCUCGUCACAACAACAACCGAUCUGCACUCAAAUGCUACCACUUAAGCUGGCGGACAAACGCUCAUCUACUUCCAACUUUAGUGCAUCGCAAAUUGCUACACAACACGCACGCACUGGAAGUUCUCCUGCAAUCAUUCAGCAUCCAAAUACCAGGACGACAACCUCACCAUCACCACCUACGGUGAACAUGAGCCGCACCGAUUCUUCGUCGACAUUUAAUUUGAGUCAGCGACAAACUAAUGCAAGUACAACACCGGCUUCAUCCCGUAGUCCACAAACUAUAGUGGCGAUGGAAAAUAGCACUGGCUCAUCAGUCGGAACCAAUCCUUUUAACCAUCAAAGCAAAAACAACAAAGCAAAACCAGAUGAAGAAGAGAUUUACUUCUGACGCUCAUUUUCGCCAGAGGUUGAAAUUUAAGUGUAAGAUAAAGAAGAAUUCAACCCUAUCGUACUUAUUUUUUGUCUUUGAACCAGGAACUUGAGCCGGAUGAAAAUUUUCGUCGUUUCGGUUUUUUUGAGGUUUCGGUUCGACUCCACUGUUCGGGAAUUGAAAAGGACUAUAUAUAUUUGUGUUAUUUUUAUUAAAUAAUGAUAAAAAAAUAUAUAUCUAUAAACAUAUAUAAUUUAUGUCAUACCCUAUAUUUAGUGGUUUGGUUUUCGGUUCGGAUCAAACAUUUGUGGAAAAUUUUGGUUCGGUUAAUGGUUCAGUUAAUUUGUUGAAAAAGCGGUUAAUCCGGUUCAAAAUCGGUGCGGUUCAAGGUUCAUUCAGGUGAAUGCAUAAGCACUUUGUAACAGCUCAAACAAAAGACUCAUACUAGAUUUUAAGAUUUAAAGCAUCUACAGCCCGAUUCUGUGCACUUGAUAAAUUCAACAUAUUUUAUAAUUUGGCAAUUUUUUAUUUUUUAUCAAGAAUUGGGAUUCUAGCACAGAAAUCAAAAGCUCUUUUCUUGAUGAAUUAUCAAGAUUGAAAAUGCUAUUGACAAGCGGUUACAAAUUGAAUGUGAAAAUUAUAAAUUUUGUAUAUGAGAAAAUUGUCUCUAUCAUUUAAAUUCCGCAUGUGCCGGUAUUUGAACCUGCGACACAUCGAAAUUAUAGUAGACAUCUAUACCCACUCGGUACGACAGUCAAAAGCUUUUUUGCUUUUAAACUCAUAUUACUCACAUGUGAGAAUAAAAUAAUUUCACCUCAUGUUGAAAUCAAGGCGAAUUUAUAUAAGGUGGUUGUUUCAACAGUAUUGAGUAGCGUUUCCUGGUCAAAAUUUUAUAUUUUGCUAGUGAGUGAAAAACAAAAUACAAGUAAUUGUAUUUGUUGAAUCGAUACCACCUUAUAUGAAUUCGCCUUGCGAAGAAGGGAGCUUUUACUUGAUACAAAUCUUAAUAACAUUUCUUUACAAAUAAAUUAUCAAGAAAACACAGAAUUGGGCGGCUAAUUUAUUUGCAUUGUCGCUACUUAAAAUAAGUGUAUUUAAGAAAUUGGCAUAAUUAUCUCGGAAUUCACGUACUUUAAAUGUGAUGUUUGAAUUUGCUGUAAUAAAGACAUCAGAGAAAAAGCUAAACUUAAAUUUUAAAGCUGCUUAAAGAAAAAAUCAUUUGACUUAAAACCUUGUAGCCUACGACCUUUUCAAAAAUCCGCACGAACUUAUUAUUGUUGACAUGCGCAUUUUUGUAGGCAAUACAUAUUAAAAAUGCAUACAUAUGUUUUUAGAUUUUCUGCCCAAAAUAAAUAUUUAUUUCAGUAUAUCCACUGAUUAUAAUAAAAUGAAAAACGUUAAACUACAGCCUUACGUUUUUUUUUUCUACAUAAAGAAAGGGGUGGAGGCCCG